AUGGACUACAACUCCUUCCAUGUCGGCGAGAGCCGCACAUACCAGGAGAUGCGCCAGAAGCCCGCUCCCCAGAACACCUUUUUUAACCUCAAGCAAGAGCCACAGCAAUUUAGGCCGACGUCAGUAGCCACUGAGUUUGUGGACACGGAUUGGGAUGAAGAAGACGACGAAGAUGAAGUGAGCGAGGCGGAAGAUAACUCACCCCGAGUGAGUCUGCAAUCAUCUGGGCAGCCAAGUAUCACAACGCUCUCUUCGUACGACGAGGUCCCCACUCCUCGUUCCAGUAGAGUACCGCAGUUCUAUCUCGAAUACUCUCCGAAGCAGGUUGAAGGCCCUCGCGGCCCACACCUCUUCCAAUUCCCUGCCGACCAGUACUCGAGGUACCAAGCAGGUGAGGACGAUGCAGUUUUGACACUGUCGCCUAUGACUCCGGCUGUGCCUCGGGAAGUUAUUUCCCAUGCCCGAUCAUCUCGCUGGAACGGCCCUUUCCAAUAUACCAAUGCAGAGCUCGACCCAUCGACGCUAGCAUCUUGGACGCCCGAGAUGGUGGCACAGUCAAUGCUCGAUGCCGGUAUUGAGCUGGCGAUUACGGAGAGGUUCAUCGAGAAUGACAUCAACGGUGCUAUCCUGAUCACAUUGAAGUUUGAAGACCUGAAGGAGCUAAGCAUCUCUUCUUUCGGAAUCCGAACAAGGGUAUGGCAUCAAAUCCAGGCAUUGAUGGAUAGCAGGCCUGCCUCUCCCCAGGCUACGACGCCAAUUGAGGAUAGACCAAGCCGUGAAGCCAGGAAGGUGAUGAAAAAGGACAGCAGUGGCUCGACACGCCGCCAUGAGAGCAAGCGCAGGGUUCGCCGAGCUACCGAUCCCAUUACACCAAUGGAAUCUGUAUCCAUCAUUGGCAUUGAACAGGUCAUUCCAAAGCCGCACAACUGUUCAAAGGGCGAGAAGUGCUCAAAGUGGAAGAAACAGCAGAAGAUCAUUGAGGAGUUCAAGGCCAUGAAUCCCCAUAUCGACAUCAACAAGGCUAAUGGGGCUGUUCUCGUUUAUGGCGAUGCAGGCAACCCCGACACAGCCAGGGCCCUGGAUCCUAACGAGGCAUUCCGGCCGUUUUCUGAUUCGGUUCCGUCUGUUGUGGCAUCGUCUGACAUCCUUGGCCCUGGUGGCCUGCCACCUCUGCAGUAUCUUCAGGAAACGACCCUUCGGAACUUGCAGACUCGCGAUCCCCAGGAUAACGUCCGCCAAUUCCUGAACUUUCAGAGGUCCAACCCGAGCAGUAAUGAAGUGCCACCCACUCCCCCCUUUGAAGUUACACCGUCUGCACAACCUCACCAAGGCUUGAGACGCCUACCAAAGCUGUCCAUCCCAGGGAACUCUCAACCCGCGGCGAGACAGGCACCUCCCCGACCACCUCAGGAGUUUGUACCAUAUCAGAUGGACAAGGCGGAUCCAUUGUCUCCCGACUUGGAAACCGCAAAGAACCCCUAUCGAUUCGGGACUCCAUUCUCCGAGAUGGAUGUCCCGAUCACGGCCGUGCCUCUUGGACCCGUUGCUCGUGACGUCUCUCAGUCGGUGCCUCCCGAUAUGAACUACCGGGCUGCUCCUACUGUGGGCCACAACCGGUCCCAGUCGCGAGCUUCUGGUCGCCGCCCGUCUUUCCCUGUUCUUCCCGCCUUGGACGAGAACCGGGCCACUCGCAACUAUCAAAGGGCCCCUGAGCCCAGGUCGGCAUCUCCUAGAACUCCAGUCCGACCACACCAGCAGCAGCAGCCCCAGCAGCAGUCUCAACCUACCCAAGCCCCGCCUCGCUUCAAUUAUCCUUGGUCACCUGUUGACCGCACCACGUAUGAGCAGGCCAUCCCUCCCAUGCCCUCAAUGGGCCCGGGUGUCUCCAAGGAGGCACCAGAGGCAGCGCCUGCCAACGGCGUCAGCUUCCAGGGCCCCAUGAAGAAGCGCAAGGUGCGUUUGCUUCGUCAUGAAUGGCAGGACGGCUACUUUACCUUGAAGGGCACUCGCCUGAACAUGCACAAGGAUGCUCAGCAGGUUGAUCGCACGCUCGAGUACGUCGAUAUUGACGACUACGCUAUUGCCUGCUCCAGUCUCGCAUCUACUUCCAAGCUCAGCGCAGCUUUCAAGGCCGUCUCUAUUUCUCACAACCGUGAUAAGAGCGAUCCUGUUGGUGCUUUCAGCUUCCAGCUCAUCCCUCAGGAUAAGAACGGAGCUCGACUGCGCAAGCGUGACAGCUCUCUCCAGCCCAAUGCCUCAGCUGAGGGUGUCAACGGCACUGGCAAGACUCACCAUUUCGCGGUCAAGAACCGUGACGAGCGCAUUGACUGGAUGCGAGAGCUUAUGCUUGCCAAGGCACUGAAGCAGAAGGGCGAUGGCUUCGAGAUCAGCGUCAACGGUAACAUGAUUUAA